ACUUGUCCAAAUUAUAAGGUUGGAUAAAUCACCUAAAACAUAAUUUGUGCAUAAUCAAGGUCCAAGGUGCAAGGAUACAGUUAAGAGAAAUGAAUGGCAUAUUGGCCUACGACGGUACGACCUGCUUUUCUUCUUCUCCCCGACAGCCCCCUAAGCUCCUCUAGCCACCAACUCAUUUCUUUGAGAAAAUUGGUGGCAAAGCUUGAAUUUCCUCCUUCUUUCUUGUUCAAUCACAAGAUUUGGGGCUUAGAAUUCUCUCUCUCAACCCAGAAAUUCCAGAUCUGUUCUACUCUUCCUCCCCUGUCCGCCAGUGCUGCUAGGCACGAAUUUCUGGGCUUUUUCCGCCCCGUGAGCUUCCCCUCCAACUCCCGUCGACUGCCAAGCUCGCCAGACCCGAUUUGCUGGCCUGAAAUUCGGGAACCCGUUAGUUGCUACCUCUUGUGUUGUCCGAAUUUUCUGCUGGGAAUAGGAGGGGAUUUGGCAGUAAAUGGGACCAUGAUUUUGCUUCAUUCAUGUAGAAGUUAGUUUAAGUAGGCUGUUGUGAUGUUUUGGAGAGAAAAUCCCGUGUGUGUGAGUUGUGGUUUGCCAAAGCCAUGCUCUCCAUGUGCUGCCCACCUUGUUUUGAAACUUGGUCAUUUUCUGAUAGUUCGCACUUGUUUAGGCUUGUUACGUGAAUAGAAUUUUUGUGUGCCCUUUUGCCACAAUUGUGAAAUCUGGGGAGUUGCAGAGAUUUUUGCUACUGAUCUUGUUGGUCUCUACCACAUAGCUGGUGGAGAAUUUGUUCUGUUUGUCACAUGACCAGUGGAGGAAUGGGCAACCCUCUACUUUGUAAGAGAUUCCAGGCUAUUUUAGCAAAUGUUGUGUGUUUUCUAGCUGCGUUUUAGGAGCUGGAUAACUUGGUAAUUCCGUUGCUCCUUAUCUUCUGAAAGUCUUGUAGUGAAGUUUCACUUUUUCCAUUUGAAGCUUCAUGGUCUUUUCAUGUGGCUCAUUUUUCUGUAUUGGUUAAUCAAGAGCAGUGAUCAUUCAAUUGAAAUUGCCAUGUUUUGUGAAGAUUGGCAAGCUGUCAUAAGUUAAACUCUCUAUUGUUGCCAAUCUCUACAUUCUUGACACCUGGAAACUACUUGCAACUCUUGAAACCCGUCUUGAAUCUUUCUUGAGAUUGCUUUUUUGAGUUGUCCUUGGAAACCAUUCUUGUCUUGACUCUUGCUCUUGUUCAAAUUCUGUAUAUUGCUCUUGCUCAAAUCCUGCAUAUUCUGCUAGUUCUUGUUUCAGUAUACCUGUUGAUCUUCUUGAUUUUUGAUUUUUGCUCAUAUGGACACCUCUUUAGGAGGGGUGACGAUUAUCAGAAGAUACCUAUAUGAGGUAUCCUCAUUCCUGUCUCUUGCAAGUGUCAAUCUCUGUAUUCUGGAUGUCUCAGCUUUGACUUGACUCUAGGAUGACUUGAUUGUAAACUUGCUUAGCCUCCAUGAGCUACGAGGUAAAGGGGUAGUCCUUGAAAUACUUGAUGCCCUAGAGUUUUGUUCCAAGUGAAAUGGUUCUUUGAUCUGGCUGCUUGGAUUCUUGUUUGCCCUUUUGAUUAGAAGACAUGAAUCUUCUAAGCAUCUUGAUCCCAGCCAUUGCUUUGUUCUGUUAAUUAAUUCUAGUACUUGAGCCAUUCACCACUUGAUAUGGUCCUCAAUUCGAGUUUUGGGGACAAAACUCCUUUUUAGGAGGGGUGGAUGUAAUACCCCAAAAUUUUGUGCUAUUUUAGCAUUUAAGUAAGGGUUUUUGUGUGAGAAAAUAUUGUUUUGGGCUUAAUAGCCAAAAGUUUGAAAGUUGAGGGACUUAAAGAGGGAAAGAUUUUGGAUAAGGAUCAGCUUCUUUUCUUUUUCUUUUUCCCUCUUUCUUUCUUCUUCCCCGCGGGUCUGCUCUUCUUUCUUUCUUCCCGCUGCAACCGAACAAAAAAAAAAGGGAAACCCAGCCGGCCUUUGAGAAACCGGUGAGAGAGCUUGAUUUUAUCCUUCUUUUCUUGCCCAAGAACCUGAUUUGGAACCCAGAAAUCUUCCCCCCUUGCUGGAAAAGCCGGAUCUGCUUUGCUCCUCCCUUCCUCACCGCCGGCUGCCCUUGUUGUGGGUGCAAAUUCUGGGCAUUUUUAGACCCGUGAGUUUUCCCUGCAGCUUGCCGCCGGCCUUCUUCCCCCUGCCAUGUCCGGUUUCUGCAGCUGUAAAUUCUGGUAUGUGACAGCCUUUUAAGGCUUAAAUUGUCCAUUUAUUUGCUGAUUUGUGUGUCCGAAAAUCUGCUGGAAAAUGGGGAAGAAUUUGAUAGCUUUAGGACCAUGAUUUAGUUUAAUUGAAGUGGGAUUUAUGUGAUUGAGUGUUAAUGGAUUGCUUGUUGUGAUUUUUGGAGAGAAAACCCCGUGA